AUGCCAAUAGCAAACGUUUUAAGGAUCAUGCGAAGGAUUUUGCCACCGCAUGCAAAGAUCUCAGAUGAAGCAAAAGAAACCAUCCAAGAAUGUGUGUCUGAAUACAUCAGUUUCAUAACUGCAGAAGCAAAUGAUCGCUGCCAGCACGAGCAGCGCAAGACUGUGACAGCUGAAGAUGUGUUGUGGGCGAUGGCAAAGCUUGGCUUCGAUGAAUAUGCUCACUCUCUUACCAUCUACCUUAAUCGCUACCGUCAAAGUGAAGGACAACAACGCAUUUCCAUGAGACGUGGUUCUACUUCUAUGCCUCAAAUGGAGAUGCCUCCACCUUACUCUCAUCCUCAUGGUUUUGAAAUGUUCAACUUUGAUCCCUCACAUGCCUCAGCUUCUGCUUCUCAUGCUUCUGGAUCAGAUGGAUAUGUUCCCACCUUUGAUCCUUAUGCUAGCUUAAAUACUAACUUAAACCUCACUGAUGAUGGUGCUAUGUGA